CCAACGACGCUGUCCUCUCUGUUGUCUAUUCCCCAAAGGCGUCCAAUCCCCCUUCCGCCCACAGUAUGCAGAUGGCAAGUCUGUUUUGCUAUCUCGCGACUGUCCCAGGGUAGAAAUCACCCAUGUCCAGCUCCCUCAAAGUCCCGACCUCCACCAACACGCCUUCCUUCAACGAGGACAAUGAUCUUGACCUGACCAUCCGUUUCUCUGCCUCGCUUGCCGAUCUCCUCCUCACGCUCCCGGGAUCCCUGAGUGCCAACACCGCCACCCUCAAACAACUCAUCCGCAGUCGCCUCCCCAAUGAAUACGCCAAACACCGCAUCCGGCUUAUCUACGCGGGCAAGGCCCUCGUGGAUGAUGUCCCGCUCGCGGCAUCACUGAAGCGCACCGUCUCCCGGCCUCCAAGUCGCAUAAGUACGCCGGGGCCGUAUGAUGACUCUAAUGGCGGCGCCAAGAACAAGGGAAAACUCGCCGUACGCGACCAGCCCAACCAGGCACGGAUCUAUAUUCAUUGCUCGAUUGGGGAUCUUGUGCUGUCGGCAGCCGAACUUGCGGAGGAGGCCGCAACGUCUCAAAAUGCCACGACAGAAUCGGAAGCAGCUGAUGGUAGUGCUGCUCCUGCUGCAUCCGGACAGCAACAUCAGGAUCAGCAGGGACAGCAGACAACUACAACGCCCAUCCCGAGAGGGUUUGAGAGACUAUUGAAUGCAGGGUUCACUGCUGCCGAGGUCCAAUCGCUGCGCCUCCAGUUCCUGGCCAUUCAGGCACAUACGCACACCCCAGACACCAUGCCUUCGCCGAACACCUUGCGGGAUAUGGAGGACAGGUGGCUCGAUAAUUCGAAUGCAGGUGGCGAGGCAGGCACUUUGAGCGAUGGCAUGGGAGGUGGCAUGCCGACUGAGGAUGACGGGCAGGUUGGUGCGUUGGAUGAUAUGAUCUUUGGCACCGCCAUGGGUUUCUUUUGGCCCAUCGGCUGCCUCAUGUGGGGUGUAAGGGAGGAAGGGAUAUGGAGUCAGCGGCGCAAGAUGGCUGUGGUGGUCGGAUUCCUCCUCAACGUAGGCCUUGGUCUCAUCAGGUAUACAGGUUAGAAGCCUAUUGUUUGAAAAGCGCUAUGGAUCACCGUUGCGUUUUUUUGGCAACAUAUACGUUGUAUUCCCCAAGCCGGACACUUUGCAUCCAUCUGCUCUGUCGCAGAAUCAAUACAUCUGGAACGCUACACAUCGAAGCGUGAACUCCCAUCCCUCUGUACAAUUGCAGAAUUAAUAGAUCUUUUCCAAAAACGCCAGCCCGACAAAAUGACCAUUCAAUAUCUGGUGUCG